UAUAUGACCUAUAAGCAGUCUGUUACGUAUGAGUAGAAGCACAUGGGCUGUUGUAGAAAAACGAGCAUGAAUGCUCCCUGUCUGUAAGCUGUAGGCGUGCACCUCCCUGCGCUUCUUACACCUGUGCAUUCAUGAGCUCCGCCCACGCGUCAGGUGUUUCAAACGAAACUCGGCUGAAGUAAAGAGGAUGUUACUCAUCCCGACAGGACUGGAUGAAACACUCCACAAACACUCAAACUUCAUCUUGUGUCACCUUAUAUCGAUACCAGACAUCAACAACAACUGGACUGUUUACAUGCAGCAGUGAUGGAGGUGGAAGUGUUUAGGAGGUCGAUGAUUGAGACCGUGUCCAGACGAGAUUCUGUUUCUGUGAAAUGUUCUCCAGCUUCCCAAAACCUUCAGAUGUCAACACCUCGAUCGAUCCCUCUGACCAUCAGAAACACCCACAGCAUUCCAGCUAAAAAGGAGUUUCGAGCUUCAUCUGCACCUUUGAUUCCCAAUCCGUUUCCGGAGCUCUGCAGCCCAACUCACUCCCCGGUGCUGACUGGAUCUCUCGGCGGGAGGAAUCCCCCCUCCAACAGCAGCACACACGUGCUUCGGGUUUUUGGGGAUGCCACACACAGUCGGUCAGUGUUGGUGACGUCUGGGACGACGGCACAUGAUGUCUGUAAUAUGUUAGCGCAGAACGCACACUGUACGGACGAGGAAAGCUGGGCUCUCAUUGAACAUCAUUCUGCUUUACGCCUGGAGCGCUGUCUGGAAGACCAUGAGCUUGUGGUGCAGGUUCAGUCAUCCUGGCCUGUAGAGAGCGACACAAAGCUGAUCUUCCGCAAAAACUAUGCCAAGUACGAGUUCUUCAAAAAACCUGUGUUAUUUUUCCCGGAGCACAUGAUCUCUGACAGCGCUGAUGUCACUAAAGGCAUAACAUCAUCAGAGCUGGUGCAGAAUAUGGUGAAGAGCGGUUCCUGUCCAGAGAUUCAAGGCUUUCUCCAUGUGAGAGAAGGCGGGAAAAAGUCUUGGAAGAAAGUCUAUUUCGUUUUACGACGCUCUGGAUUGUACUGCUCCAACAAAGGACAAUCCAAGGAACCUCGACACCUGCAGUUCGUUGGAGAUCUGGAAGAUCUGAAUGUGUUCACUGUGUUCAAUGGCCGUAAACUUUACGGGGCUCCGGGAGAGCAUGUCUUCUGCAUUAAGGCCUCAAAAGACAGGUUUCGCUGUCAGGAUUUGAAGCUGAUGUGUGCUGACAGUGAGCAGAGUCGUACGUGCUGGAUCACAGCCUUCAGAUUGUUUAAGCAUGGGAAACAGCUCCAGUGUAAUUACCAGCUCUCCCAGUCCAGCGCCAGACUUCACAAACCAUCACGACCCGACUCCAAGUAUACAGACCGGGAGGAGUCGAUGGUGGCCAUGGAUUUUUCAGGGAAGAGCGGCGGUCGAGUGAUUCAGAAUCCACAUGAGGCCCAGAAUGCAGAGCAGGAGGAAGGACACAACUGGCGGAAGAGAGAAGCGUUACGUCACAGUUUACCCACCAGCGGUCACGGGUCACAGCUGUCUGCGGUUCAUCGGGUUCAGCCGUGGUUCCAUGGGGGCGUGUCUCGAACUGAAGCUCAAAGGCUAUUGGAGGAGCAGGGUCAGGUGGAUGGGAUGUUUUUGAUCCGUGACAGUCAGCUUCACGCGCAGUGCUUUGUGUUGUCCUUGUGUUAUAACCUGAAGACCAAACACUACCUCAUCAUUCCCUUAGAGCAAGAAGAUAAACAGUACUACACUAUGGACGAUGGCGUCACACUGUUUACAGAUCUGCUGCAGUUGGUGGAGUUUCACCAGAUCAACCGCGGCAUCUUACCUGUGUGUCUCAAACACCCCUGCACUUGCAUUGCACUCUAAACCUUCACCUAUGACCUCUUCCUCAAAACUAGGACCUAAAUGACCCAGCACCAGUCUACAGACCAUUAAGGUUUUCAUUUUACCACUCGCAGUGGAUGUCAGGACAUUCACAGUUUUCCAUAAUCCAAAAAAGCCUAAAAAAAAAAGACUAUAUUUCUGUACAUAGUAAUACUAUUUAUAUUUUAUAUACCUCUAGCACACUUUAGAGCUCUUUAAUAUUCUAAAAAAUGCUCUUAAUAGUUAUUUGACUAUUUGUUUACAAGCUUCUAUCCGGGAAUGUUUCUAUACCGGAAAGUGCACAAUCAUGUGGCAACUUCCUGCUAUUCCUUCCUUCAACACUGGCUGGCGCACUGGUGCUCUGAAUGCUUUACUGUCCAGGAAUUCUUCAUUUAUGCAAUAGUCAUGCAGGGAUACAUUAAUGCAUAUCUGAAGUUGCAGAAGGACGUGAUUUCAAUGUAGCAGAUUUAUUAUUAUUAUUAUUAAUAAUAUAUAUUUUGUUCAACAAUGUCUAAUUUAUGGGUGUUUUUUCAUAAUGCUGAUGUUCAAGAUAAUUGAGACCAGUUUACGUUUGCUUUGUUUUAUAUUUUUUAGUUUACUCUAUUUUAUCGUUGUUUAAUACUUGUUCUGGUUAACAGUUGUGUUUGGUUGUGUGUAUGUAGUUUAAAUCUGGCCAAAUCCUCAAGUUGAAGUUGUAAAUAAGUAAAUGGAAUGUUUGUUGUGUUAGAUGUUCUCUCUCUCUCUCUCUCUCUCUCUCUCUCUGUGUGUCUGCUUGUUUUUUUUCUGCAUUAAACUGUAUUUGACUCUCAGCAGGACCAUUUCUGGAGACAGACCGUCUGUGUGUGUGUGUCCGUAUGCUUCAGUUAACUUGAGAUCACAGUACAUCAGUUGUCGGGUCUCUACUGUGUUGUUGCCAUGGAGAUUAUUCCUUUAAUAUUCACGAGAGGUCAUCAGUCCAGGCAGUAGUAUAUACUGUAGGGUAUAUAUGCUGUGACUGAUUUGCGUGACUCACUUUGAAUCUGAUUAUUGAAUGAGAUGGUAAUUUAUUCAGAUGUAAGUGAGGUGAUCACCUCACCGUAGCUGUUGAUAAAUCAUACAUUAAUCCUGUAUUAUAAGGGUAAAUAAAGGAGACUGUGAUCAGUCUCUGAGUCAGUGAAGGACGCUUCAUUCAUCCUGACAAUAAUAAAUAUCAAUAUAGUGUGAAAUUGCAGAGUGUAAUGAAUUAAUAUGGAAUCAGUUCUGUUUUCAACUGAGUAAAAAAGGAAAGAAGU